CGCCGGGCUGGGAAGGGAAGAGAAGGCGAAAGGAAGAGCACAGAAAGAGCGACGGCGAAGGGGGACGGGUCGCUGCACAGCCAGGACCGCGGGGCGAGGGAGGGGCCAGCGAGGCCGACGACUUAGUCGGCUGAGGCCUGGUCUGAAAGCGAGCCGACCUUUCAGGGACAGCAGGCCGAGGCCGCUCUUCGCCGCGGGAAGAAGAUUAAGGAGCUUCUUGAAUAUUAUGUGCAUGUUUUUGAUUUGUCACCUCAUCUGCUAACAAAAAAAUUACAGCUGUUUGCUAAGCAAAAGAAGACUUUUAGAAGAAAAGACACUUGUAGUUUGCAAGGAUGCCAUUUCCCUUUGGCAAAUCACACAAGUCUCCUGCAGACAUAGUGAAGAAUUUGAAAGAAAGCAUGGCAGUUCUAGAAAAACAAGAUAUUUCUGACAAGAAGGUAGAAAAGGCUACCGAAGAAGUUUCAAAAAACCUAGUUGCCAUGAAAGAAAUUUUAUAUGGCACAAAUGAAAAGGAACCCCAGACAGAAGCUGUAGCUCAGCUUGCUCAAGAACUAUACAACAGCGGUCUUCUUAGCACCCUAGUAGCUGAUCUACAACUCAUUGAUUUUGAGGGCAAAAAGGAUGUGGCUCAAAUAUUUAACAAUAUUCUGAGAAGACAAAUUGGUACUAGAACACCCACAGUUGAAUACAUCUGCACUCAGCAAAAUAUUUUGUUCAUGCUAUUAAAAGGGUAUGAAUCUCCAGAAAUUGCUCUGAAUUGUGGAAUCAUGUUAAGAGAAUGCAUCAGACAUGAACCACUAGCAAAAAUAAUCUUGUGGUCAGAACAGUUUUACGACUUCUUCAGAUAUGUGGAAAUGUCAACAUUUGACAUUGCUUCAGAUGCAUUUGCCACUUUUAAGGAUUUACUUACAAGGCACAAGUUGCUGAGUGCAGAAUUUUUGGAACAGCAUUAUGAUAGGUUCUUCAGUGAAUAUGAAAAAUUGCUCCACUCAGAAAAUUAUGUAACAAAACGACAGUCACUUAAGCUACUUGGUGAAUUGUUACUGGAUAGACACAACUUCACAAUUAUGACAAAAUACAUCAGUAAACCUGAAAAUCUCAAGCUAAUGAUGAAUCUUUUACGGGACAAAAGUCGUAACAUUCAGUUUGAGGCCUUCCAUGUCUUUAAGGUGUUUGUAGCCAAUCCUAACAAGACACAACCUAUAUUAGAUAUUCUCUUAAAGAACCAGACCAAACUUAUUGAGUUUCUCAGCAAGUUUCAGAACGACAGGACCGAGGAUGAACAAUUUAACGAUGAGAAGACCUAUUUAGUUAAACAGAUCAGGGAUUUGAAAAGACCAGCACAACAAGAAGCCUAAUCUUCUAUAAACCCCUAAAAUAUUAAAUCCAAAUUCAGCAUUUGCUGUUAGAUAUUCAGCAUCAGGCACUCUUAUCACUUCAUGAGGAACAUUACUGCUAAUCCGCUGUUCAGUGAACAGUUUGUUUGUUUUUUCUUCUCUUUAUUUUUUUAGUCCGAGUUGACAAACCUAGCUGCUGCUUUCUUGCACAAUGUGGACUUUCUUGGUAUUUGUGUCUGAAUUCAAGCACACCGCUUGUUUUUAGAAGUCCAGGGUGUGGGUGGGGUGGGAAAGAUUAUUGGUUCAUGAAACAAACAUAUAAGAUAGUUUGAGAUAGGAGAGAAGGUAUUAGACUAGUUUAUGACAGGGUGCAUGCUAGCAAAUCUGAUUCAAUUCAUAUGUUUGCACUUAACCUUGUAUGAGAUGCGAGCACAAUGUGAUCUGUGCAUAUUUGGCACCAUUGUAUAAGAUUAUAUGCCUUGAUUUUUUUAAAAAAAUGUGCAGUGCUUUAAUUGUAAUCAAACGGGAAAUGUAUCUUAAGAUGUGAGCUUUCUGGGAUGAACAGUGGUCUUGCAAAUAAAAUUGAUACUGAAACUUAGCAACUUCUAAGAAUGACAUCUCAGAGUUCAUGAGGAAAAUGUAUAUAUGCCUUUCAUUGCUUUAUAGUUUGUUUUUGAGAGUGAUUUCCGGAAAAAUGAGAUGUAGACUUAGAAAUACAUUAUAAGAAUUUUUUGUUAAUUUUACUUCAAAUUGUGUUUCAGACAAUAGAGCUUAGCAGUGACACUUUGUGUUUCAUUUCAACAAUGCUUGUUUUCUUCUGUAUAUAACUCCUACGCUGCUCAUUUCUUUAAAAAUGAUUUAAUUUGUACAGCAGAGGAAUGUUAAUGUAUUAGUCUGUAACUUUUACCUGAUACUGAUGCUGAGUUUUGCAAAAUGAAAGCUCAUGUAAAAUGAUACUUUCGAUUACAUGAAAAUACUGAUUUCACAUUUCUUAAAUACUGCAGCAUUAAAAAGAAUCCAUUUUUCUGUAUUUGCAAGUAUAAUGCAGUACCAUCAGUUAAAGUAGACUAAAAAUAUAGCUCUGGAACCCACUAAAACUGUAUUCCUCAAUGUUGGCCUUCUCCAUUUAUAUUAGUGCUGUGUUUGGCCAAUUGUAAAUUAUAAAGAUUAUGCUAAAUUCAGAUUUGUUUUUCAUGUGGGUAUAAAGAGAACCUCUCUUUUCAUAUCAUUAGUAUAAUAGUUGUGUUGUAUUUAACUUAUAUUUUCCCUUCAACAACCAUAAUUUUCAUAACUGUCCUAGUGUCAAUAUCCUGUUCCUUAAUGCUGCAAACUAUCAGUAUUUUUUUAAAGACUGAUUUUGCACCACUUUUUGUUACUGUGAUCAUAACAAAAUGCUAGAUAUAUCUAAAGUAUGUUAUCAAAAUCUUAUCUAUUCAUAAUAGUAGACUGAGAUCACAACCAGCCAACUUUUUGAAUUGGGAGUAUGAUAGUACAAAUUCCGCAUGAUUGAAUCUGACUGAAAAUGCUAUACAAUUAUUUAUUGUUUUCUAGCAUCUAUAUGAUUAAAUUAUUUUACAAAUUAUUAAUUUGCUGAUUGACAUUUUAGUUAAUUGUUCAAGCCUUCAUGAUGGAAAUUGGAAUAAAGUCCAGCAAAUAGGAUUCUGAUAAUGUUGGAUAUAUACCUAUGUUUCUUUCAGCAGUCAUAAGCCAUUUGUCUUUUGCAAAAUAAUCUGUAAUAUCUACUGAAAAAAAUCAUAAUGCUCUAUUGAAUCAUUUAUAUAGACAGGCAAAAACAACUAUGGAGGUGGUAAUAUAGAUCAGUACAGUACUCUGUCCUUUUUUAUAUUUUGGUUUAGUAUAGCUAAGACAACAAAAUAUUAGGCGGCAAGUUAUUCUCCAUUAUGCAUAAGGCUUCCACUUUUAGAAAAAAAAUAUAGACAUGCUAAAAGUUGUAUAUCUCUCUGUGUGUGUAUAUAUAUCUAUAUCUAUAUCUAUAUGUGUGUGUAUGUGUGUGUAUACACACACAUCUAUCAAAAUAGAUAUAUGAAAGUUAAAAGAUGGAUCUGGAUAUUGAUUUUGCUUCUCUAUUAUUUGGCAUGGGACAAAAGGCUAUACUUUAAAAAACAUUAAUCCUUGGAGUGUUGGCUUUCAAAAAAAAGUUGUAUUUAAGACCAUUUGAUGUGCUAUUCAUAUUAAAAACUAUUGUACUGGAAAUGGUUUCUUAUCUGUGUGAAGGCUUAAAGAUAUUACUAAAAGUUAUUUAAUGUGACUUUUUGGGGGUUCCCCCCCUAAAUGUGUACAAUUGUAAAUUUACUUCCAUGAAAGCAUUUCUUCAAAUGAAUGCAUUUCUUAUUAGAAGAUCUGGCUGGCCCCUUAAUUUAAAUUGAAAUAAAAUUUUGAAGAAACACAAAUUGUGUGCUAUAAUAUGUAUCAAGAAGAAGGUUCACCCAAAAGUGAGUAUUUUUCCUAAGAAGUAUUCUGCUUCUUGUGAAAUAUUGGCCAUGCAUUUAGAAUUUUCAUACAAUAAAUACAUAACAUUAAAUCAGACAUAUUUGCCAGCUGUACUAUUCAUGGUCUAUAUGCUGUUGUUAUAGUUCUUAAAAACUAUCUUAGGUUGAAUUUUGAUCUUGCUAAUAGAAAUGGUCAAAUGUAUUGGUAAGUUUUAAAAAGGCUAAUUUUUUUAAGGAACUAUUUUAUUUGCAAAAGUAUUUGAGGUUAUAUCUGUUUUACUGCCAUUGUCUUCUCUAAAGUAUCCAAACAACUAUUUAUGGGUGAAGAUGUUGAGAAUAGUCAGGCAUCUGAGCAAUCUUCCUGCUACUAAAUUUCCUUGAAGAGAUCAUCACUAAAUAACUUCAAGUUUCAAUUUUUAGAGUAGAAUUGCCAUUGAAUAUUAUAUAUAAAUCUAUGCCAUAUCAUAAAUGGUUUUGGAGUUUAUUAACAAUUACUUAGGUAGCCUCCAUAUAUCAAUUUUCUGUAAGAGUAGUACUUCCUGCAUCCUAAACGUAUACUCACUGUUAAAAAGUUUUUUGCAAUUAAAAACAAAAUCUUAGAUCUGCAGCACCAAUAAAAAGUCCUUGUUC